AUGUCGUUCACCCACUCUCGAGGGCUUCUCCAAGGCGACCCGUUGUCAUCCUAUUUGUUCAAUAUUUGUUUGCAAGCCCUAUCCUCUACUAUUUCACAUGCCUGUGACGCGAGAGAGUGGACCCCUUACUGGGUUAGGCCGAAUAAAGUCCCUAUUUCACAUAUAUUAUUCGCAGAUGACCUCAUGUUACUUGGUAGAGUGGAUGAGAAAACAACAUUUUCAGUUAGAGAUACCCUAGAUGAGUUUUGCUACAUAUCUGGGCAAAAGAUAAACACAGAUAAAAGCCGCCUCACAUUCUCUCACAACACCUCUACUGAUGUGAAAAUCCUUUUCCAGGAAACCUUGUGUGUAAAAGACAAUGAAAACCUAGGUCUGCACCUUGGCAUCCCCAUAUCCCACAAGAAACCAAAAAGAAAAGAUUUGCAAUUCAUUGUAGAUAAAGAACUGAAUGGAAGUUUCUUGCUUCAACAAGUUUGUUGCGCAUUGGGAAGGGGUAGGGGAUCUAUCUUUGGCAUGAUAAUUGGAUGGGGGAAUGGCACACUCCGUAGCUUAGUACAGGAACCCCUCCUUGAACAUGAGGAAAACCAAACACUUAGCAGUUGCAUCACUGAGGGGGAAUGGGACUUUGACAAUUUGGGGUGCGAACUGCCCAUCCAUGUUACCCAGCGCAUUAUGAGCUUACCUCCCUUGAAGAAUAACACCAUUGACUCACCAGUUUCACCCUUUGUCACCCAAGGGAAAUUCUCCCUUGCUCUAGCCUACAAACAUGCAUCCUUUGACCCCCACCACCCCAACCUUGGGUGGCUGUGGAAACUGAAAUUUCCACCAAAAUACUCCUUCUUCCUCUGGCUUACAUGCUGGGAUAGACUACCCCAUCGAAAACUCCUCCAUUUGUGA